GACUUCCGGUGUAGUUGGCGAGGCUCCUUGGUGUUGUGAAUGCUUGUUGAUGAGCGACAUUUAGGUAGCAGGCUUAUGACUUUAUUAACCUGUGAUCAAACUUGCAUAGUUACCAUAGAAACUGGAAAUCGAUAUUUGUAAUAAGUAUUACUAAAUUGUGUGUACGUUGUGGCGACAGAAUUAUAAUUGAUCCACACAAGAUUACUGGAGAUUGGGGACAUGGUUCUAGCCGCAGGGCUCCAGUCUCUACCCCGCAGGAUGCUGACAGUAUGGAGUCCAGCGGAGUCCGUGCAUUCCUGCUAACGUGAGACCAUGGAAACAUGAUCUACCACAGCGACACGGUUGUAAAGUAUUCGCGAGAAGUUCAUUAUAAGCCGUUACUUGAUAAGUGCAAUAAUCAUUACUUGUGCUUUCUAUGGGAAAAAGGAACGAUUGAUUUGGAAGAGCAGUAACCGUUAAAUUUUUGCUGUCUGAGAUACAGCGAGUUAUAAGGCAAGGAUAAAUCUAUUAGUGGACCACCGCGGCUAGGAGUGGAGAUAGGGAGGUGGGUGGAGGGUUGUUUGAAGACGGAAUGUCUCCUCGCCCCCAUGCGUCUCUUGUGGAUUUCGGAGAUCAUCAGGAAAGCUGUAAUGUUGUGCUGUGGAACUUCACGGGACGACGAGGAUUCCAUGGCACAAGGGACAUCUGGAUUAAGACCAGGAAAAAACAAGAAGUCAGCUGAUGCCAGGUACAAACAAGAGAAGCUGAAUCCCAGAUUCUCGACGCACAGAGAGCGAUCACGGAGUCACACUGAACGCUCCUCCCCUGACGAGGAUUCACCUAGCAGUGGUUCAAGAUCCAAGAGUUCUAAUUCAAACAAUGGAGCGCCUGAUAUGGGAAUAAAAAACAUCGUCAUGGAUGAUUCGUACAUUGUGCAAACUGUGGAGAUUAAGAAGCGGCCUGGUCAAACCCUGGGAUUUUAUAUUCGUGAGGGAAAUGGGGUCGACAGGUUUGAGGGAGUUUUUAUUUCGAGGAUUCAGAUGGGAACAGUGGCCGAAACGAAUGGUUUGUUGCAUAUUGGUGACGAAAUUCUUUCGGUAAACAAGAAAGAGGUGAAAAAUAUGUCUCUAGAUGAUGUUGUAAUUUUAAUGUCGAUCCCUAAAAAGUUGACUUUGAAAAUUAGAACAAGAAAAAAUGGUAACAAGAAAAAUGCAUCUUGUCCAUCUCUUGCUGUAACCGAACAGCAACACCCACCGGUGGCGGUUCUAAAACGAGGCCGGUCGUCGUCUGCUGACGCGGUAGAGGAAACCGAAAAGUGCCCGGAUAUGUACCCUUUCUAUGGAACCCCGCCCAGCCAUGAUCCUUUUGGUGCUAGACGUUCUCGACCUACCUCAUCACAAUAUGCUAGUAUCUUCAUAUCACCUCACAGAGCGGAGGCUAAACUUCUAUCAGACGACGGAGAGAGUGAGAAUUCUAGUGACGGUUCUCUCCCUCGUAGUGUGGACUCGGGCAACAGGAGUUACUACCACGGCCACCGAGGGUAUGUUUCAGAUAGUGCUUAUGAACCAACCGACAAUUACAACAGUCCAACCCUAUCCCCUAACCAUUAUGGCAGUCAAAGUGACCGAGAGUACGCGAGGUACAUGUAUUCAGAUGGAGGGCUUCCGAGACGUCUAACAGCGCAGACGACACCAAAAUCUCCCGCCAAAUCCUUCCAUACCCAACAAUAUCAACGAAAUCAGCCCUGUGGCAACCCUGAGUACUACGCCGGUGGCCAGCCUGUAGAUUUACACCGCGGAUAUGACGCUUCGCGAAGAUUUCACGGUGGGCUGAAAGAAAUGAUUCAAUCAAAAACGAGAUUCGGUCGACUACAACGUAGUCACUCUCCCGAGUGCUACAAUUCAGACUCAGAAGUACUAUAUACUCAUUCAGGUGGGGGAUAUAUACCGGUUGAUUCCCGGGGCUUUGCCUCGGAUUAUGAAACCUACGCCAAUGCAAUUAGUGACGAUGAUCCCAUUUAUUCUAUACCCAAAAUCCCGUCCAGCGGUAGCACUGAACUCGAAGAGCUGUUAAAAAAAUUUAACACUCUGUCACAAGAGCUUCAGGAAGAACAGAGUAAGCUGACUCGCCAACUCUCCACAUCCAGGGACAAAACAGUAACCUACUCGACCAAUCUUCCUCAUUCAGCGGCGGAUUCUCCAAAGUCCGAUCCGUUUUCCACAUCCAGGCGUCCCCAGUCGCCAUCCUCCAUUCGAAAGGCAGCCGCAACACAGACCCCUUCUCAUUCCAAACUAAUCAGAAAACUCAGUGCGGAGGCCCUGUCGCAACAUAUAACAUAUCAGAGCGAGCUAAACGCAGUGGACGCUCCACGAAAUCACAAGUCCCUUCCCUUGUCGGUGUAUCAACUGACCAGCGCAAAUAAGUCGUAUUUAUCUACCUCAUCUGCUUCUGCUCUCAGUCCCGCUCACGGGGACAACAGAAGCAAAAGCACAGAUACAGACGAGAGACAUGUCCCUAGAAGUUCGUCUGCCAGGUUCAGGGAUUUACAGCUGGUGAAGAAACCGUUGCAGAUACCGUAUGGUGAGUUUGAAUUUACGAGACCCGAUCCAAGAAAGAGGGUAGAGUUGUCAAGGUCGAAAGGAUUGGAUGGCAUGGCCAAUGUUCAUAUUUUGUCUGGGCAAGGAUUGAAAUCCUCCAAAAUGACCCUACGAGAUUUGUAUUGUGUUGUGUCUGUGGACUCUGUCAGUAUAGCUAGAACAAUGAUAAGGACAGGGGCUGUGAACUUCGACUGGGAUGAAGCUUUCGACAUCGAAUUAGAGGAUGCCAAAGAAGUGUCUUUUCUUAUCUAUAAUUGGGAUCCCAAUUUCAAACAUAGGUUGUGUUUUCAUGGAUCAUUAUUCGUUCAUGGCUGUCUCAUUAGUAACAAAUUAAAGAAAUUAGCUUUAAAAAUGGAACCAAAAGGUCUUCUUUAUAUUACUUUAUGCUUCAAAGAGCCCGCUGUGUCUUUGCAACGACUGCCAUCAAUGAAAAAGAAUGGUCUAUUUGGAAUUGAUUUGGAGACUGUAAUCAAACGUGAAUCUACUGGACACAACGUCCCUCUGCUUGUUAAAAAAUGUGUGAAGGAGGUGGAAGAUCGGGGGCUGGAGACUAUUGGCAUAUACAGACUCUGUGGAUCCGCAAGAAGAAAAGCCCAGCUGAGGGAACAGUUCGAGAAAGACUCGGAGGGUGUGGAUCUUUCAAAGGACAAUGUUACGGACAUCCACGUGGUCACUGGCGUCCUCAAGGAUUACCUUCGAGAGUUACCAGAACCUCUCUUUACCAACGCCCUGUAUCAGAUGCUCCUCGACGCACUAAGUGUACGCUUGCCCAGUGACCCGGAUGGUAGUGCAAAACUGAUGCUAAGCAUUCUUGAGUGCCUUCCAAAAGCCAACCAGGAAACCAUGGCUUUGGUGCUGAACCAUCUGAAGAAAAUCUCGUCCCACUGCGAGAAGAACAAGAUGAACGUGGACAACCUCGCCGUCUGCUUUGGUCCGGUUCUUCUGUGUCCCUCCCCUAAGUCCACGGAUGACCACGCCCUGGAUUUCAAGAGACAUAUCGAAGUUUUAAGAUAUCUUUUACAAAUAUGGCCAGAAAAUUAUGAAAUGGUGACAAUCAAAUCCAAUCCCAACUCAAAAGAGAAAAUCGUUGACUUGGAUAAAGACAAUGACGAUUCUGUGACGACACAGAAGGAAAAUGGAGUCGAGAACCACAAGAAUGUUUUUUGAUAACUCAGUUCUAUGCCAUUCCUAAACUGUUUAGCAUCAAUAGAAGGCUGUUUAUUUGAGUAAUAAUUGGAAUCUUCAAACCUACCAUAAAUUGUGAUAAUUUAAAUGUAUAUUUGUAAAUUUACAAUACAAAUGUAGAUGUUACAUCUGCAAACUUUUACAAUGUAUACAUCAUACAUGGAUGUAAAACAAGAGUUAUGUAGAUCUAUAAUUAGAUUAUUCAUAUGAAGAUCUUAUAUCUACAUCCUCUCUUUGGAGACAUGUUUCAAACUUUUGAAUGUAAUAUGUCAGAAAAGCAUAUCUCACUAUUUUUAUACGAGAAUUAAAUAAAUCCAUGAAGGAUUUAAGACAGGGCAAUUCUGUGUGAUAGCAUAAUAAUUAUGAAUUAUUUUGAACUCUUUUGCUGUAUUUUGACAGUUUUAAUUACGUUGCUGAUAGUGAAAUUAGUUUCUCUGGCAAUUAUGUAUUUGUACAGCUUUUCAUUUAUGGAAAUUACUUUUUAUGAUCAAGAACACCCCAUGGUCCUUCACUCUUGGUCUGAAUGCUCUGUUGUUCGUAUUAUAGAGAAGAAAUCUUUACACACUUAGCUAAUAAAUUAUUUUGUAUUUGA